AUGCUGUGUCCCUCCCUACUCAAAUUACUAUCUCCACCCCAAAAAAGAACUUCUGUUGAAACUUGUGUAGAAGAGACAGAUCCUGCUCCUGAAACCAUGGGGCCUGUCAGCUACUCAUCAGAGACCUAUGACUUGAGCCAGGUGGAGCUGAGUGGGUACUAUGAAGCUGAGAAUACCACCCCUUCUUUGGAGGGCUACUUUUGCUUCAACCCAGCCUCAUCAGUGGUUGGCAACCAGAGGGACCCCUUCAGAAAGGUCUUCAUGCCCCUCAUCUACCUGGUGAUGUUCAUGUUGGGGACUGUAGGCAAUGCUCUGGUCCUGGUCAUUUUAGAGAGGUUCAAGCGGUCUCGCACCACCACGGAAAACUUCCUUUUCCAUCUCACCCUGGCCAACCUGGCACUGUUGCUCACCUUCCCAUUCAGCGUAGUAGAGAGCUUGGCUGGAUGGGUAUUUGGGAAGUUCCUCUGCAAGAUACUCAGUGCUGUCCACAAGAUCAAUUUCUACUGCAGUAGCAUGCUGCUGGGGUGCAUUGCGGUGGACCGUUACCUGGCCAUCGUCUAUGCAAUCCACACCUACCGCAAACGCAGAGCUCGCUCCAUCCAUCUCACCUGCACGGCUGUCUGGCUCUGCUCACUGCUUCUGACUUUACCCGAUCUGAUCUUCAUGGAAGUCUGGACAGAUGACAGCAACCGCAGCAUUUGCUAUUUUCCAGAGGUUGGGAUCGAUGGGAACAACGCCUGGCUGGCAACUCGCUUCCUCUACCACACCGUGGGCUUCUUUGUGCCUCUGCUGGUCAUGUGUUACUGCUACAUGGCCAUUGUCCGGGUGCUCUGUCAGUCCCAGCGCCUGCAGAGGCAGAAAGCUGUCCGUGUGGCCAUCCUGGUGACAGGCAUCUUCCUACUCUGCUGGAGCCCGUACCACAUCGUCAUCUUCCUGAACACACUUACCAAGCUAGAAGCCUUCACCAAGAACUGCCUCCUGGAAGACCAGCUGGACAUAGCCAUCAUGGUGACAGAGGCCAUUGGCUUCACACACUGCUGCCUCAACCCCAUCCUCUAUGCCUUCAUUGGAGUCAAGUUCCGUAAUGACUUCUUCCGGAUCCUGCAGGAGCUUGGCUGCAUAAGCCAGGAGACCCUGCAGGAGAUCCUGGAGGUGACAAGGAAGGGUAGCGGAAUUGAUUCUGACAACACCACCUCCAUCUCCACCUUCUAG